UUUGGAUCACAGGACUGGCGGGCCUGUCCUGCAACGGGAGAUUCGAACAGCAGACGGCGAGUUGGGCGGCAGCGUCUUUUUCUUCACUUCUCAUUCCCAUCUCUCCUUCGCCGCCUGGAGGCAUCCCAAGAGUCACCGAGAUUGGUCGACAGCAUCCCUUGGAACACAAACCUCUCCUGUACUUACUUACAUGCAGCCCUCUCGCAUUCUCUUCAUUGAUGCAUACGACUCGUUUUCCAACUCGAUUGUCGCUCUGCUGCGAGCUGAACUACCCGUCACUGUAGAGUGCAUCAAGAUUGACGACGCUCGCUUUGUCCUCAACGACGAAGCGUUCUUCACAUACCUCGAUGCAUUUCAUGCCGUCGUUGCAGGCCCUGGGCCAGGCCAUCCUGCAAACUCUCAUGAUGUCGGCUUGAUAGGAAAGCUCUGGGGCCUACCGGAGAAGCACUUACUUCCAGUCCUAGGAAUAUGCCUAGGAUUUCAGAGUCUUUGCCUGGCAUUCGGGGCCGAAGUCGUGAGAUUGAGAGAGCCCAGACAUGGUAUUAUGACUAUGAUAGACCAUUGCAAUCGGGACAUAUAUGCGGGAACUGGAAAGAUCGUCGCGACCCAAUAUCACUCGCUGCAUGCCACGUUGAAAAAGGGCGACGUGACAGAUGAGUGGGGAUCUUCUAACCUGUGGGAAAAAUCUAAGGAGUGUGCAGAGCUUGUACCACUCUCCUGGACUUCGAUGAAUGUACCGAAUGGUCCAACUCUGAUGGGCGUCCGACAUGAGCAUAAGCCGUACUGGGGAGUUCAGUAUCACCCCGAAUCCAUCUGCACGAAUCAGGAAGGCCAUAAAUUGGUGCGAAACUGGUGGAAUGAGACAUGUCAGUGGCGUAUUCGCCACUCCAUGUCACAGGUACCAGUGACGGACACUUUGCCGAAUUGCCAGGCUCCCUGUGAGACGGAGCAGGUGGCACCGAGGACUUCUGCGCUGUCAGUUCAAUGGGUGAUCAGUACAAACCAUGCAUUGGACGUGGCCGUUGUAAUGGAAAUGCUGCGCGAAGAAGAUGCGUGCGUGGAACCUCUUCUUCUCGAGUCCGGAUCCCGUGACGGCAAACCAGUCAACCAGGAGACAGGGCGAUUCAGUAUCAUUGGCUUGCCUACGUCGUGCUCCAAGCAGUAUCGAUACUCUACAGUUCGUAGCUGUUUGGAAGUCAUCGAGAAAGGUCAUACAGUGUCAGGAACGUCAGCUAGCAUUGCGGAAGCAUUCUCCUACCUGGACGGAGUAGUAGAAGCGAGCAGGGCUGUAGGUGGCCCUUCUAGCUCACCUUUCUGGGGUGGCCUCAUAGGUUUCAUAUCGUACGAAGCAGGCCUACAGACCAUAGAUGUGCCCCCAGUCGGUGCAAAGGCUGAGCACCCAGACAUUUGGUUCGUCUUUGUGGAGAGAAGCAUUGUGUUGGACCAUGUGGAGCGCGUCGCGUACGUGCAGUCUAUCGCUCAGCAGGAUGACAAUUGGCUCCAGACUAUGCAAUCUCGUUUAGAGCGUCACCUCGACAUGCCCGCCACUGUUGAUAGAGUGGAUCAGAACACAUGCGCGGGACUCGUGGCUGGGCCAGCGCGAAGUGCUUACUGCCAGAAAGUGUUGGACUGUCAAGCAAACCUGCGGGCCGGCGAAUCGUACGAGUUGUGCUUGACAGACCAGUCGAUCCUCAAAACCCAUGCUGAGCCGUGGUCGUUAUACCAACGACUGCGCAGCCGCAACCCUGCUCCAUUCGGUGCCUUCCUGCGCCUGCAGUGCAAAACUUCUCCCGGACUGUCCGUUGUAGGAAGCAGUCCUGAACGCUUCCUAUCUUGGUCUCGCGGCGGCAAAUGCCAAUUUCGACCCAUCAAGGGCACCGUGAAGAAAAGUCCCGGCCUCACUCGAGCCAAGGCUGAAGAGCUGCUGGCUUCGCCCAAGGAACGCGCUGAGAAUCUGAUGAUUGUGGAUCUGAUUCGACACGACUUGGCAGGCGUCAAAGGCAUUGGCAAGGUCGAAACGCCAAAGCUCAUGUCGGUGGAAGAGUAUGAGACCGUGUUCCAGCUGGUAUCAGUGAUUGAGGGCAGUAUCGAAGGAAGUUCUGGGUGUGCGGCUCUGGUGGCCUCACUGCCGCCGGGCUCCAUGACUGGAGCUCCGAAGAAGCGAUCAUGCGAGAUUCUUAGUGAGAUUGAGGGCGGCAGAGCGCGCGGCCUAUACAGCGGUGUGCUUGGAUACUUCGAUGUCGGCGGAGGUGGUGACUUCUCAGUGGUGAUCCGCACCGCCUUCAAGUGGGACGACGAAGGUGAGGAAUGGCAUGUAGGUGCCGGCGGAGCGAUCACGGCAUUGAGCGAGGCGGAGGCUGAGUGGGAAGAAAUGCUCACGAAGCGUGAAAGCGUGUUCAACGCGUUGAUGUAGUUUUGUUUGCGGAUUAGAUCUUAGACCUUUUUAGAUACCCCGAAUUCAACUUCGAAUACACAGU